UUCUCCCACUUCAUCUCCCUUUCACCUUCCCGCCAAACCCGGAUCCCAACAAAAUGAACCCCAAAAUCCCAUCCCUCUUCGUCCUGCUGAAACACUGCACGUCCAUCCAGUGUUUGAUGAAAAUCCACAACCAAAUGCUCACCAACUCCAUCCCAUGCCACAACCACCUCCUCGCAAAGCUCAUCGACCUCCGCCAACUCCACUACGCCAUCCUCUUCUUCUCCCACAUCCCCAUCCCCAAUGACUUCUCCUUCAACCUCAUGAUCCGUGCCUUUGCCACCCUCCACCAUGACUACCCCCUUGCCCUCCAUUACUACCACUUAAUGCUCCGUUUUGGUGAAAAACCCAAUAACUUCACCUUCCCCUUUGUGUUCAUCGCCUCCGCUAACCUUCAGGCAUUGGCCCAUGGCCGCAAUGCUCAUUCGUCUGUUGUUAAGCUUGGUCUUGAGUUGGAUUCCCAUACAAGGCAUUCUUUGAUCACAAUGUAUGCGAGAUGUGGGGAGGUGAGGAGUGCAAGGAAGGUGUUUGAUGAAAUUUGUGAGAGAGAUGUAGUUUCGUGGAAUUCGAUGAUAUCGGGGUAUUCGAAGAUGGGUUUUGCCGGAGAGGCUGUGGGGUUGUUUAGGGAGAUGAGGGGUUCUGGGUUUGAGCCAGAUGAGAAGACUAUGGUGAGUGUGUUGGCCGCGUGCGGUGAUUUGGGGGAUUUGAAACUUGGAGAGUGGUUGGAAGGCAUGGUUGAUGAGAUUGGGCUUGAAGUGAAUACUUUUGUCGGUUCAGCGUUGGUUGAUAUGUAUGGGAAGUGCGGCGAAUUGGCUUCCGCAAGGAGGGUUUUUGAUGCAAUGACGGAGAAGGAGGUGGUUGUGUGGAAUGCUAUGAUCACUGGGUAUGCGCAGAAUGGGUUGUCAGAUGAAGCCAUUAAGGUAUUCCAUGCGAUGCGAGAAGCUAGAGUGGAGCCGGAUAAGAUCACAAUGGUUGGGGUGCUUUCGGCUUGUGCAGCGGUUGGAGCCCUUGAUUUGGGAGUGUGGUUGGACAGAUAUGCAUCCGGUAAAGACUUGCACAAGAAUGUCUAUGUCGGCACCGCCUUGAUUGAUAUGUACGCCAAGUGUGGCAACCUAGGCCGUGCAGUUGAGGUAUUUGAUAUCAUGCCAUUGAAGAACAUUGUUUGUUGGAAUGCGAUGAUAUCGGCACUUGCUUUUCAUGGCCGGGGACAAGAGGCAAUUUCGCUCUUCCUACGCAUGAGGAAUCAGGAAAAGGAAGCUCAUCCAAAUGAUAUCACAUUCAUUGGAGUUCUUUCUGCUUGUGUGCAUGCAGGGUUGGUUGAUGAGGGUCGUAGGUGGUUUGACUCUAUGCAAUUUGAGUACGGAAUAGUUCCGAAGAUUGAGCAUUACUCUUGUAUGGUCGAUCUUUUGGCUCGGUCUGGGCAAUUAGAGGAAGCAUGGGAGUUCAUAGAGAAGAUGCCGGAGAAACCUGAUGCAGUUGUAUUAGGAGCUUUGCUUUGUGCAUGUAGGAGUUGUAAAAAUGUAGAAAUUGGCGAAAGGGUGAUCAAACGGAUUCUGGAGUUAGAGCCUUUGAAUUCAGGAAAUUAUGUCAUAUCUUCUAAAAUAUAUGCAGGUUCAAAGAGGUGGGAUGAUUCGGCGAGGAUGAGAGGAUUGAUGAGAGAAAGGGGUGUCAGCAAAACUCCAGGAUGUAGCUGGGUUGAGAUUGAUAACCAAGUCCAUGAAUUCCAUGCAGGGGAUGGACUGCACUACAGAGCAAAAGAUAUCGAGAAAAUGAUCUGUUUAUUGGUCUUUGAGAUGAAACUAGAAGGAUACAUUCCAAACCUUGAUCUAUUGUGAAGCAACACAAAGUUUGAUCAUGUGUGAAGUCGUUAUCUGUUUCUCAUGGCCUGCUAGUCAUUGAGAACAGAAAAGCCGUCGUGAUGUUGUUGAACCUGACAUUGAUGGAAUAGAGAUGUUCAUCUAAUCACCUUGUUCGGGGGUGUCACACGUAAUCCAGAAUUGUGGAUGCUGGUGUUGGAGUAAGAACCGGUGGUUCACCUUGAAUGCGGCAUUUUAGAGAUUCCUGAAAUGAUGUCUGAUCGGUUUUCUGAGAAGCGCGAAAACAAUAUCGAUAAUCUAUUUCAGUUUUACUUACAUUCAAGAUGAAGAUCAAGAUCAAGAAACCAUAAGUUCAAACAAGUGAUACUUUUUCUUUCAGAAUUAGUUCCAGAAUUAAAUACUCGAGAAUUUUGUUCUUUGAUAUACUGAAAGUACAACUCAGAUGUUGUCCAUGAAAAUUAUCAUGGAAUCAUUAUUUAUUUAUUUUUUUUAAA